GAGGCGUCUUUGUAGUGGGCCUAGAUAACACAAAUACAUAUACUCUAGCAUCACGGAAAGAGUGUCCGCCCUCCAACUCUAAUGGUCGAUCCAUCCUAAACGAGGCGUGUUCAGCCAAGUUAGGCAACAUGUCCGAACGAUGCAAUGUACGGGGGCAAAUCUCGGUCCGUUCAGCUAGGCGAAACAACAGCCAUAAGAGGCAACGAGCAAGUCGCAAUAGAAAGGCCCACCUCUCCCUUGCCUAUUCCUGUUUGUGAGCAAAUCGUGGGGAAACCCUGUCAAAUACCUGAUUGGCCAACUAUCCUGGACUACGCCCUUAGCUCAGUAUCUCGAAACGAAUUCAAGACCUAUGUAAGAUCAGGUGAUACAAAUUGCAUGCAGCUGUUGGAAACGAUCAGCAUUUGUUGCACCGCCAAGCAAUGGUUUGGCGUUUUGGCAGUUCUUGGAGAGCAUUUGGAGACGGAGUUUGCAGCUUGGCACAUUUGCCCAGUACUUGGCGGGCUGGGCGUAAGUGCCAAGAACGGGGAGAAUGGUGAUCUCCAAAUACACAUUUGUGACGACGACAGUGGUCAUGCUCGAAUAUCCAGCCUGGGCGGUCUUGUUGCUAGCAUGGGGAAACUUGCGUAGCAACCCGCACUGGACUGUGCUUUGCCUCAUAAUAUCGCCAAGCUUUGAAAUUAGUAUUGAAUUUUGGAAGACUAUUCAGAGCCUCGCAAAUCAGAAUGUUUGACCCAAGAGUUGCAUUCGAAGACGGCUUGGUUCGAAUCAUUCCAGGGUUGUACCCAAUAGGAUAUACCGCCGUGUCGAGUUCCCGGUCUCGAUUUAGUAGGUUAGCUAACAUCGGCAGUGCUGAGAAGGCAAAUUGGUUUCUCUCUGUGCUAGUUUUUGUUUAGGAAAACAAAUAUAUCCGAGCGGAUACGAUGGCGCAGAGGAAUGACGAGAAGAGACGAGUCGUAUGAGCCUGAUACCCUAGAAGGAUCAGUAAUAGAUAGAAGUUGUACAAGGAUUUAUCAGCAAUCUGCAUGGUCCAACGACAACGCGAACAUAAACGAAAAGCUCGUUAGACACUUUUGGUAUAAGCCAGCAAAA